AUGCAACAAUCCUUUAGAAGGAUUGCAGGCGAAGCUCGGGAGUUGGGGCAACAUCCUGAUAGAUGUCUUGCACAUGCACCACGUAACGUUUGGGGAAAAUCAGCAAAGCACUUUCAUGUGCCCAGUGAUCCUCAAGCAGAUGGUAGCACGAGUGGCUUUGAUCUUACCUUCAAUCCACGAUAUGGAAAUGGCACAAGUGGUAUUUCACUCACAUUUAUCUCAUGGAACAUUACUGAUAUCAAGUUAGUUGGUGGUCAGAACACCUCUUCCGCUCGGCAAGCAUCUAGUGGCUCUGGUGCUGGAACAUCCAGUGGUAAUGCAUCACGUCAGUCAAACCCAGGAGCUCAACGUGAUAAUUCUAGCUGGAACAACGCCAGUACGCAUGGCCAGAACACCCGAACAGGUACAUGGAAUGGUCGUAAUUAA